UGAUACGCCAGCACAACCAUUCAGUCCGCACAUUGCAAGUAUGGCCGGGGACACCGAGACACAUCUAAGGGACCGGGGCGAGAACACCGACAUUAUUCGGCAGCCUUUUCUCAUCGGUGUCUCCGGAGGCACCGCCAGCGGCAAGUCGUCGGUGUGCGAGAAGAUCAUGGAGCUGCUGGGGCAGAACAAGAUCGACCACCACCAGAGGCAGGUGGCGAUCCUCAGCCAGGACAGCUUCUACAAGGUGCUGACUCCAGACCAGAAGGCCAAGGCUCUUAAGGGCCAGUUCAACUUUGAUCAUCCAGAUGCCUUUGACAAUGAACUGAUAAUGCAAACACUCAGACAGAUCCUGCAGGGGAAGACAGUCCAGAUCCCAGUUUAUGACUUUGUCAGUCAUUCCAGGAAAGACGAGUUUGUUACGGUGUAUCCGGCUGAUGUGGUCCUGUUUGAGGGCAUCCUGAUGUUCUACUCGCAGGAGAUCAGAGAUCUAUUCCAGAUGAAGCUGUUUGUCGACACAGACCCAGACACACGGCUCUCACGUCGAGUUCUAAGAGACAUCAGUGAGCGUGGAAGAGAGCUGGAGCAAGUGCUGGCACAGUACAUCACUUUUGUGAAACCGGCCUUUGAGGAGUUCUGUUUACCAACAAAGAAGUACGCAGAUGUGAUUAUUCCACGAGGAGCAGAUAACCUUGUCGCCAUCAACUUGAUAGUACAGCACAUCCAAGACAUUCUGAACGGCGGACUAAGCAAGCGCCACAACGGCUGCAUGAACGGCCACAGCACUCCACGGCAGCGGCGGACAUCCGAGUCCAGCAGCCGACCUCAUUGACCUCAUCGCACCUCUCUUCACAGAGCGGAGAGGGGUGUGGGGGGGGAAGCGCUGUAAAUAAUGCCUGUUGGCAUCACUGUAUUUAAGAGGGAGAAAAAAAAAAAUGACAGAAGAAGAUGCAAAAAGAAUUGAAAUGCCUUUUAUUAUGACUACUCAUGUUAUUUAGUUAUCUUCAUGGUAAUUGUUGAACUAGAUUUUUGUCAGGAAGGUUUAAAGAAAGAAGCUCUUGUUAUUCUUGUGAUGAGACCAUGGGUUAAAAAUUGACCCCAUGCAUUUUCCUCCCAGAUUGCAUUUUGUUUUUUAUGUAUCCCCUGCUGCUUCAUGGAAGUUCACGCUGAUGAUGAAUAAAAGAGGGGAAACCUUU